UUAAUAUGCAACAAAAUAAUUUUUCAGAGUACACAGAAGUUCAAAGUUUCAAAUUCUUAUUUAUGAGAGAUGUUAAAUUAAUCUUAGAAAUAGCUGCUGAAACCGAAACUUUACUUGAACAUUUCCAAAACGAUAAGACUUUACAAUAAUUAGUUUUAAAUAAAUUGAUCAAUUAAAUCAAUAACUCAAAUAAAGUUCACCAAGAAAUAUAAAAAGAUCUUGAACAAAAAAGUGAUAGCAUAAAAUUAAAAAUAAAAGUUUUAAAAGCUGAAGUUAGAGAAUUGGUUGAAAUACUAAUGGAUGAAUUUGAUAAUGACUAAGUAAGAAAUUUGCUUUAUAAAUAUUCUGAUCAUAAUUUAGAAGAUGUUGUUAAUCCAUAUUGGCAACUCAUCUAAUAGGUUAAAUUAAGUGAAAUUCAAGAAUAAUAAAUGAAUUUAUUAAAAGCAAUUAAUAAACAUGGAGAAUCGCUAAGGACUUUAAGCCCUGUCAUUUACAAUGAAAAAGAUAUCAAAUAAGUGAUUAAAGAAAAGAAAUAAUUUGUUAAGGAAAAGAUACAAGCCUUAAUUAAAUGAGUUUCUAUUAAAAUAAUAUAG